AUGCUCGCCGAACUCUCCGCCCUCUUUGACGCCGCCGGUGACAUCCACUUCAAGUAUCAGCUCCCCGGCGAUGACUUCGACGCCCUAAUAUCCGUCAGCAGCGACAGCGGCCUAAACAGCCUGAUGCUUGAGUAUGAUAACCUCUACAGAAAUUCUCCUAAAACUGCUCGGAUGAGAUUAUUCAUCUUCCCUGGUAACGGUCCUGAUUUUGCGUCCACCCAACCUUUCCCACCUAAACUGAAAUCCAAAGUCAACGGCGGUGCUGUUGUUCCUCCGCAAAUUACGCCGGUGAAGUUCCAAGAUCUGUCACCGGUUAACAAUUUUAAUACCUUAGACCGGGUGUUGGAUUCGGAUCCAAAAGUGAAUCGACUGGUCGAAGAUUCCGGUUCUUCCCGUUUGAAUAAUCCGUUACCUGCUUUACAGUAUGAUGUUUUCAUCAGCUUCAGAGGUGAGGAUACACGCGCAAGCUUCACUUCCCAUCUUUUCAAAGCCCUGUCCCGAAAGCAGAUAGUUACAUACACUGAUGACUUGCUUUACGAAGGAGAUUCGAUCACGUCCCUCCUCCUCAGAGCAAUUGAAGAGUCUUGCCUUUUUCUUGUUGUAUUCUCAGAGAACUACGCAUCCUCAAAGUGGUGCCUGCAAGAACUGGUUAAAAUAAUGGAGUGCAAGAAAGAAUUUGGACGGCUUGUUAUACCUGUCUUCUACAACGUUGAUCCAUCACAUGUAAGAUAUCAGCUAGGAAGUUACAAUGAAGCGUUUAAAAAACACUUGCAGAAUAACAAGAAGGCGGAGGUUCAGAAGUGGAGGGAAGCUCUCACUGCAGUAGCAAAUUUAGAAGGCUUGGACUCCCGUUCUUAUAGGUAAGUAUGCGUUUAUUGAGUUAAGGAACCCCUUUUUGUUCAAUUUUGUUGACGAUCGUGUUACACUGCUCCUAAUGUUA